GGUAAACGUUAGCGAUCCGCGUCAUAGCAGCGCAUUUGUAUUAAAUGUACUUAAGAGCACAAGUUACAACAUCUGAACACUGUUAUUUGUUCUUGGAUUAAAAAAAAAAAAAACAUCAUCUGUUUCGUUCACCUUCGCAGACGUUUGAUACGUCGGACUAUCCCCGCAGAAGAUGAGUGGUGACUCAGAUGCCAACAAAGAGUUUACGGAGCAGCUGCGGCUGCAGGAACUCUAUGGUCAGAAGAACGUCGAUGGCUCUGACCCGAACACCUUCACUGACCCCGAGGACGGGACCGUCUAUGAUUGGGACCAUGAAAAGAAAGCCUGGUUUCCCAAAAUAACAGAGGAUUUUAUAGCAGCCUACCAGGCCAACUAUGGCUUCACUCAGGAUGGAACUCCAGAUGCAAACAGUGCUGCAGUGAGCAGCAAAGACCUGGCACCUUCUGAACCAGACGGCAAACCUACAGAAAGGCAGAAAGCAGCUGAUUCCACAGAGGACCCAGACCAGCAAGAGACGACAGCUAAAGAAACCAAGCAGAAAGGAGAGAAGAGGAAAGCAGAGCCAGGCUGGUUUGAUAUUGACGAUCACAAAAACACAAACGUCUAUGUAUCAGGCCUGCCCCUCGACAUCAGCAAUGAAGAGUUUGCCGAGUUAAUGUCCAAGUGUGGCAUCGUGAUGCGGGAUCCCAUCACAGAGGAAUACAAGGUCAAACUCUACAAGGACAAACAAGGGAAUCUGAAGGGCGACGGCCUUUGCUGCUACCUCAAGAAGGAGUCAGUGGCGUUAGCUAUGCGUCUGAUCGACGAGUCAGAGGUCAGAGGUUACAGGCUCCACGUGGAAGCGGCACGGUUUGAGCUGAAGGGCCAGUACGACGCCAGUAAGAAGAAAAAGAAGAACAAAGAAUACAAAAAGAAGCUGCAGCAGCAGCAAAAGCAGUUGGACUGGAGACCAGAGAAGCAAGGAGAACUGAGGAAGAGGAAUGAAAAAGUUGUCAUCAUCAGGAACAUGUUCCAUCCCAGUGACUUUGAGGAAGACCCACUUGAAUUGAACGAGUAUCGCGAAGAUCUGCGGACAGAGUGUGAAAAGUUCGGGGAGGUUAAAAAGGUCAUCCUCUUUGAUAGACACCCUGACGGUGUCGCGUCAGUUGCAUUCAAGGACCCCGAUCAAGCAGAUGCCUGUAUUUCGUCAUUCAAUGGCCGCUGGUUUGGAGGAAGGCAGCUGACUGCAGAGGCUUGGGACGGAACUACAGAUUAUCAGAUUGAAGAGACGUCACGAGAGCGAGAGGAGCGACUGAAGGGUUGGUCUACGUUUCUAGAGGUGGAUGAUAAAGACGGGAAGAACCCCUCCUCCACCACCACCCCCACCCCCAGCAGCACUGCAGCUACCGAACCAGCCGAACCAGCAGAACCAGCAGUCGCAGAACCGACAGAGCCCUCAGACCCAGCAGAGCCUGAAAAGCUCCCAGAAAAGGAACCACAACCUAAACGGAAACAGAAAGCAGAGCAGGAACAGGACAUUGACUCUACAGACAGCAGCCUUGAAGGAAGUGAUGAUGAAGAGGCUUAAGACACUUUCUUGCACAUCUAUGGUUGCCAUGGCAGCCAAUUAGGACAGUUGCGUUUGUACUUGGACUGCUGCAAAACUGUGUUGUGAACAAGAGAGAGAAUCUGGAUGAUUUGGGCAAUUUUUAACGUCUUUAUUUAGGUUUAUAAUGCAAUUUGACUGCUACUCCACAUAGUGGUUGUUCCUUAAAUUCCAAGCUUUGUCUUGACUUGUAAAGGCAGUGUGUCACUUUGCAUACAGAGUUGUAAAUCUAAACAAUUAGAAGACUGAGAAUGAAUCUGUUUUGGUUUGGAUUGUAGUAGAUUGCUCAGCUUCAAUACUCAUUACAUUUAUUUUAAAUACCA